UUUCCUUGGUCAGCUCCGCUACUGCGCCAACGCAGCAUGUCCCGUAAUCAACCCGCACGCACCUCCAAGACGCCUGCAAGUCAAGAGCGGCAGCACCGACCGACUACACGGAGCGAAGUGGGAAAGCAAUCAACCAUUGCAAAGGAACAUGGCGGUACACAAGUCCUACUCCAGAGACCACCAGCAACAGUGACCAAAGAAGCCAUUCAUGUAGUUGCACAAGCCUCGCAAGCAGUCACUGUCGAGAAGAGCCUGGAGAUUGUACAGACCCUUCUUCAAGGCUGCGUAAGCUGUCUUGCGAGUAUGAGACACAUGUUCCGGAUGGACUGUUAUGAACAGAAGUACUAUAUGUUUGGCGACGCUCCUCAAGACGCUUCUAACCAAGCUCCCCCUGGGCAAUUACUCGUCGGUCUCAAAAAAGGAAUGUCUCAGAGAGUUGAUCGAUUGGUCGGUUUGCUAGAAAACGGUGUUGCUGAUGCCUUGCGACGUGGCUGUCUCGAGUCGUUGCACUUCUCCAUAUAUGAAGAUCCAAAGUGCCCGUCCGACAUCCUUGAGCAAUGGAUCUUCUGCUUUUCUUACCACACAGACACAUCUACUGGAACCCGAGUUGCUGCUGGUAUUGAGAUAACAGAGAAGAAACAUGGCAGCAAGAUCACUGUCAGCCGUGCGAAGCAUGCCCUUGUUGGGUUCAUUCAACAACUCGCUCUCAUAUGUCACAUACUGCCAACAUUACCAGAGGCUACGAACAUGACAGUGGAGAUAUUGUACACGGACAAUCGGCCUUUUGGGUACACAGCGCCAGGAUUCACCCGUCCAGCCAUUGGUGCCUCCAGAUUCUCAGAAUCCUUGGAGUGGGAGAAUACCAUGACACCAAUACCCGACAAGUUUGAUACGGGCCGGCAUGGAGUCACUCUGAAAGUGGCUCACCUUCGGAAACGGCGUUAUGACUCUGACAGUACUCCUUUGCCUGAACUCGAGAGUACCGACGAGGCAGAACUCGAAGUUGUUGUUGACGCAGAAUCAGCUUCGCUCGGACACGUGUCGGACACUCGGCUCAGCUCCAAGGAGCGCUCUGGACCUAGUCCACCUCAGCGGCGUAACACUCUGCGGACACAUAGUUCUCUGUCUAUUGGAAAGUCACAAGAAGCGGAGACAUCUUCCGUGCCAUUGGAGAGGUUGUCAGAAGUAAAUCUCAAUGCCUCACCAAGUACGCUGCAGGUAGUUCCCUCAGCCUUGCAGCAACAGCAUCGUCCAAUUGCUGAUACUAUGGAAACCACCCAUACACAUGAAGCCAACAGUCUUAUUCGACGAAGUUUGACAGAGGAUCUUCAAGUCCGGGAGCAGUUACGACACAUGCUCCAGCCUCGAUCAGAAUACGUAGACACCCAGACUACCCAGGUGCUUACAGACUCCGCCAACACCCCCCAACAUCGAGAACAGACUGUUGCCAGACUGCAGUUUUCGCAAGCAACAAUCGAUAGGCUCGACGAUGCGAGAAGUGCACAUCUACCACGUCGAAAGGACACAUGUUUGUUGUCGGAGGAGCUUGGCAUAUCUAAAGCUGUGAAUGAUGUCAACGAUGUCACAUGCCAGUGCGGAUCGCUUGAUGUUGAUGCUAGCAUGGUAAGUCUGCUUUGGUUGAGCAUACAGUUGCACUGUGGUUUCUGCAACAGUCUUCAACAUGUUGCUUGCUAUGGAUACAAUGGCACAGAUGACGAGCGAAUUCCGCACGUGCACAUCUGCUACGCUUGUAUUUUGCGCGGAGAAGAUGGACUCCUUGUACAACUGACAUACCAUGCACUUUGUAGGCGCGCGCUGUACAUGCUACGAAACCAGAACUUCGACAGCGAAAAGCAGUUUGCUCAGGCACUUGGCUGCAGUACUCGAGACUGCACUACUGUUCUGAAGGAUUUCCGUAGAGAUGGACUUCUUGAUGGAUCAAGGAGAGCGAAGCAGUUGAUGCUCAAUAAGUCCCCAGACAUGACGACGAGGAUGGUGAGGAUAUACUUUGACCCUGCAGAUCGGAUCGCCCAUCACCUGCAUUCGCCCAAACUGCUAGCGGAUACUUCUUCCGACGCUUCUACGAAGCGUGCUCGUGAUAAUGUGGGUGAAACUGGGGCCCGCGAGGCGAAGCGACCCAAAGUUGGUAGCCGCGUGUCGGAGGAUUUCGAUCUGGGUAACUGGCGUACUCCUAGACCAGAGAGGAACCGUUAACUGGCUUCUGGUCACCCCGGGCCACAAUAUCAAUUGCCCGCACUUGUUGGGUCCGAUACCAUUCGGGGUGUAAUGCUGCGUUUUCAUUGCAUAUUGCUAUCCUGGCGAGAGAGAGGACAUUUGCCAAGGUGUGGCGAUGGCAAUGGGAAGAUUGGUUACAAUCGCGUGGCCUU